GAAGGGUAGAACCCCCUGAAACAAGAAACCUGUUGUAGAACUGCGCCACAAAAAAUACAUCAUGGCUUCUGAUCAGGACGUAAAGUUUUUGAGGAAGGACUUGCGAGGUUAUGGCGUUGCCACGAAUUUGGGCUUCAACGAAAUCAUAAAAGGAAGGAUUGCAAAUGGAGAAAAAAUCCAUCAUAUGGCAUUUGGGCAGUCACCUUUUCCAAUUUAUGAAAAUGCUGUCCAGGCCUUGAAAGAUCACGCGAGUGAAAAUGAGUAUCUUCCCGUAGCAGGUAUCAAGCCAUUGCGUGAAGCCAUUGCCACGUUUCACGAAAAAACAGAUGAUAUACACGGCAUAUCCGCAGAAGACAUCAUUGUUGGCCCUGGCACAAAGCAGUUGUCUUUUCUGUUUUUAACUGUUUUCAAUGGAGACGUUUACUUGCCAUCUCCUUGCUGGACAACGUAUAAGCCACAGACUGUUCUUGCUGGCAGAAACUCAAUCAUGAUCGAAACAACAUUUAACAAUGGAUGGAAGAUCGAUCCAACAGAACUCAAUAAGAAGUUCUCUGAAAAUCAAGGCAACAAUAAAUUGCUCAUACUAACAAACCCCGACAAUCCAUCUGGUGCUGCCUACACAUCAGAAGAAAACGCAGCGAUCGCAGAAGUUUGCAGACGACACAAGGUUAUCAUAAUAAGCGAUGAAAUCUACUCUCUACUGAAUUAUGACAAAAAACACGACAGCAUAUUCAAGCAUUACCCUGAAGGAACGAUACUCCAAAAUGGGCUUUCGAAGUGGGCAUCGGCUGGUGGCUGGAGGCUGGGUUAUCACAUUUACCCACAACAACUUGCAGAGAUCAAGGCGGCGGUAAGAAGCGGUGGAAGUCAUUCCUAUAGCUGCGCAGGUGCACCAGUACAGUACGCGGCCCUUGAGUAUUUCAAGUUUGAUAGUGGUUGCCAAGAAUAUGUUAGUCAUUGUAAUCGAAUUCUGAAAGCAUUGUCGGAGCUUGUUUGUCGCAAGUUGACCUCUGUUGGAGUGAAAAUUGCUCCGCCAAAAGGAGGAUUUUACAUGAUGCCGGAUUUUGAGGUGAUUCGUGGAGCAUUGAAAAAGCGUGGUAUAUUGACAGGGAAUGCCAUGCAAGAUGCCUUACUAAAAGAGGCGUCCGUGGCAAUUAUGGCUUGCGGUCCAGCAUUUUUGCGACCAGUCGAAGAGCUUACAUUCAGGCUGUGUUACAUAAAUUUUGACGGCUCUAAGGCUCUUGCUGAGAGUAGAAAACUAGGUUUAAACGCUGAAAUAACAGAUGAAUUUCUUCAAGCUAACUGUUCGCAGACACUUGAUGGCAUCGAGGCAUUGGUAACAUGGACAAAGAAACACUUGACUGAGCAGUCGUCUUAAGAUGACCGCCGUUGGGGAAAUAAUAAAGUACAAAGUUUUGAUUUGAUAUAAUUAUAAGUUAAAAUCAGUGAGCUUCCCAAUACAUGGAAUGUUAAAAAUUAUGUUUCAUUCAAAGUUUAGUUAACAUUUUGUUUUGGGUUUGUAUAUUCAUUUGUAUAAUAUAUGGGCAUGGCCUUUGUCUCUUCGUAAAUGUAACUGAAAAGCAAUGAAUUUUGGACAUAUUUUUAAAUAAUUAGCUAAUCAUUUGAAAGACAAAUAUCAAAUUUGGAAAUUUAUGUAAAAGUAUACAUUUGCAAGCAAGAAAUUUUAAAA